GUCUGCGCGUCUUCUGGUUAAAUAACCGAGCAAAGGUUAUUGCUGCUCAACGGAAACAAUACGCGAGGACACCACCCACAACCAGGCUGCUCCCUGCGCCUCCGCUCUCUCGCCUCUUCCUGGAUUAGAAGUCCGAGUCUGUCAAGUUCUAAAGAUGAGCUAUCCAGGAUACCCCCCACAAUCCGGUGGAUACCCACCUCAGGGCGGAGGAUACCCCCCACAGGCAGGCGGAUACCCACCACAAGCAGGUGGCUACCCCCCCGCACAAGGGGGCUACCCCCCACAGGCCGGUGGGUACCCACCACAGGCUGGCGGGUACCCCGCCGCAGGAGGCUACCCUCCAGCGCCGGGAGGCUACCCUCAAGCGCCAGGAGGUUACCCUCCCCAGGCUGGAGGCUACCCUGCCCCAGGUGGAGGCUUCCCCCCUCAGGCGGGAGGAUAUCAACAGCCCGCAGCAGGAGGGUAUCCCUCCAUGCCCCCAGGAGGUGGAGGCUGGGGUGCAGCACCAGGCGGCUACGGCGCGCCCGGCGCUCAGCAGGGCUACCCAGGGGGUCCUGCUCCAGGCCAGCCCAUGCCGAAUUAUCCCGGGGGCCCUGCGCCGCAGCCCUCGAUGCCUGGAUAUGGAGGUGGAGUCCCAUCCAACCCUCAGGCUCCCGCCAUGUCUAGAGGAUACAGGGGAUCUAUUAAAGACUUCCCGGGGGCAGAUCCUCUGAGGGAUGUCGAAGUUCUUCGAAAGGCUAUGAAGGGCUUUGGCACCGAUGAAAACGCUAUUAUUGAAUUGCUGGGAAAUCGUUCAAGCAGGCAGCGGGUUCCAAUGGUCACCGCCUACAAAACUACUUAUGGAAAAGAUUUAAUCCAUGAUCUGAAGUCCGAGCUCACUGGAAACUUUGAGAACCUGGUCGUUGCAAUGAUGAUGAGCCCUUUGCACUUUGAUGCAUCUGAACUCAGACAUGCUAUAAAGGGUGCAGGCACAGAUGAAGCUUGUCUGAUUGAGAUUCUGUCCUCACGCUCCAAUGCAGAGAUUCUUGAAAUCAACAGAAUCUAUCAUGCUGAGUACGGUAAGAAACUGGAGGACGCCAUCGCCAGUGACACCUCUGGGCAUUUCCGCAGACUCCUGGUCUCUCUCUGUCAGGGAAGUCGUGACGAAAGGGAGCAAGUCGACAUCUCCCUGGCCAAACAGGAUGCCCAGAAAUUGUAUGCUGCUGGAGAAAAUAAACUAGGAACGGAUGAGUCCCAGUUUAAUGCCAUCUUGUGCGCUCGCAGCAAGCCUCAUCUGCGAGCAGUCUUCCACGAGUACCAGCAGAUGUGUGGGAAGGACAUUGAGAAGAGCAUCUGCAGGGAGAUGUCUGGCCAUUUGGAGGACGGCAUGGUGGCCGUGGUGAAAUGCAUCAAGAACACUCCAGUCUACUUUGCAGAAAGGCUCAACAAUGCCAUGAAGGGGGCAGGGACCAAAGACAGAACCCUCAUCCGCAUCAUGGUGUCCCGCUCUGAGGUGGACAUGUUGGACAUCAGACAGGCAUAUAUGCAGAAGUUUGGAAAGUCUCUGUACACUGCUAUCUCUGGUGAUACAUCUGGCGACUACAAGAAGCUGCUGCUGAAGCUGUGUGGAGGAAGUGACUGAAGAAAAUGAAGACAGUCUGUCAUGGUGACGAAAAUAUGUCCACACUGAAACAAUGGUAUAGGACCACGUCUCCUCUGAUGCAUGCAGUUGUUAGUAAACCAAUGUUAAAUUAGCAUAUUUUUCUUCAGUGAUAUGAUUAUUUUCACUACUGUAAGAUUUCCAAAUACUAAAUAUAUAUUAAUGUUUUUAAAGACACAGUAGAUCGCUUUAGUAAAAUAAUAUAAGUAUACAAGUAUAGCUCUUAGGUAAACAAAGUACUUAAAAUAUAACCAUUAAGUGUAGUACUUAGCGCCAAGCCUUCAAACCAUGUACAGCAGCAGCUCAACCGCUUCAAGUGCUAAUCAAAGCUUCACUGCUGCUUUUAAGUCUAUGCAAAUUAGCCUUUGAUCAUAUUAUAAUCAAUAUAUCAGCUUCGCAGAGCUCAAAUUGCAAAUGAUUGCCACCAUAAUUCAACACAUGCCAAUAAUGAAGCUUUUCGCUGACUUUUGAUUAGCCAUAGCCUAAAGACAUCAUUCAGUGCCUUUUGUCACGGCUGCUGUUGUUCAGACUUGGUUUUGCUGUGAGAUCAUGCCAGCAAUUUCAGUCAUACUUGUAUGAAUACUGGAACUCAGUCCAUCUGUCUCAGUCCAAGGUCUCUUGUUUACGUUUUUUUUCAUGUGUCUUUUGUUGGUUUGUAUGUUGUACCGCCAGCAGAGGGCUCCUGAUUCAACUAAAGUGCCAUUUUUUUUCCUCUCCAUUUAAUUAAUAGUGUGGCUUUACACUAAAUAUCUUUUUAGUAUCGGCCUUCAUCCUUGAAACAUGAUAUUGUUACGGUUAAAGUUUAAAGAUUGUCGUGUCUCCUGUCACACGAACAGCCAAUAAAAACAUUGUGGCAUAUCUGGA